UCCACUCAGGCCGCAAUUUGCACUGGUCGAAGGUUUACCUCACCCUCUCUUGGCCUUCGUUUCACGGUUGUUCUGCUUCAUGAAUUAUCCAGCGGACAGUGUGCUCUUCCGAUCUAGGUAGUGGAUCUAAGCGAAUACAGUGCUGAGUACUGUUAACUGCGUACAGCUGCAUCUCGAGCCUUUCGUAGCCGCGCAGAUGGCUUCAACCUAUCGCGUCGUAGCGCUCGUAUUUCUGAUAUCUCUCACGAACUCAAGAUUUUGUAUAGCAACAGCGGAGCAGCAGCCCAUAGCGUCGUUCUUCGGCGAUCCGCACUUCCAGGGCGCGGAUGGCGUCCACUUCCGCUUCACCGGUCUCCCUGGCCAGUCAUACUGCCUGCUGUCUGACCCGUCGCUGCACAUCAACAUGGAAAUGGCCGGCGAGUCAAGUAGCCGAAACGCCGAGUCAAGCAGCGCAGGCGGCGAUUCCAAUGCCCCAACUGCCGCCCACCGCACAUGGGUCAAGGCUAUAGGUGUGCUCGUGGCUGGCCACUCCCUGCAGCUUAGAGCGCGGCAGGGGGAAGACGCGUCGCUCGGCGACGGUUUCUUGCAGUCGCUAGUUCUAGACGACGUCGCCCAGCAAUUGUCGCCGUCGCACAUCCUAGAGAGCGACGACGGCGCGCUGCUGGUGCACCACGUGGGGGUCACCGAAUCCAACGGCUUGGAAACCGAGACCAUCAGAAUACAGGCCGGCGGCCGGCAUGGGGCGGAGUUCCUUGUCCAUAUUCGGCCAGAGGCCGUCGACCGACAAUCACCGGGCGACGCGUUUGUGCAUUUCUCAGUGGAGGUGUUAUCUGGGGGCGGGCUGACCGACCCGCACGGCGUCAUGGGGCAAACCUUCCGGAGAUCCCAGAAGGAGCGGUCGUUCGCGGUGGGCCUGCGGUGGAGCGACGACGCGCAGGCGUGGGAGGUGGCGGGAGAUAACGGCGACGGCUAUCUUGACGGCUCCGUCGACAGUUACCGGUCGACCGGCCUCGUCGCCGCGGAUUGCGCGUUCUCGCGGUUCAAGGAGGCGGCGGGGGCAGCCGGGGAGCGGAGAGAGCAGAGCGAGGGGUCGUGGGCGGUGACGGAAAUGAUGGCGGAGGGGGAAGCGGCGGAGGGGGAGGCGGCCGGGGGGGGCGGGGAUGUCGCGCCGGGCAUUGCGGGUGCGGUGGGGCGCAGGUUGCUGGGCGAGAGAAGACUCGGCGGGUGAUACGCCACGGGCUGCUGCGCUGUCGCUGGUCGGGACUGCCGCGGCUGAAAGCCGCGCGCGCAGGCUCAGUGGCGCGGGAAGCUGGUAGCCAGCAGCGGGGAGUGAGUUGCGCCAUGGGUGCGCCCGUUUAUACUCGCUCGUACUCGGCCUAGUCUCAUGGCCAACAAAAGACCUCCCACGACUCCUAGUACCCACUAGUAGGUCCCUUGCAGUGAUGGUUGUUGUCUGUGCCAUAGGUAAAUUAUGUAUCAUGGACGUGUAUCAUUAUUUUUUCGCAAGACUAGCCCAGUGAGGCAAUCAC